AUGGCUGAGCGAGACACGCAAAGCCGACGACAUGUGGAACGCCUACAACAUCAUACUCCCGGGGACGUCGUACGGGCCGAGACGACGCGCAACGUCUCCCACGUCACGGCGCUCGGCUCCGCCCAGACGCAGCGCGUCUCGUGCGUGCUCUCCAUCACCGCCGAGUCGACCUUUUGGGAUCCCACCGUCACGGAGCUGCACGUCAAGGGCCGCAUCGUGUCGGAGACCUCGGUGGCCAGCCUAGGCCAGUACCACACGCUACGACUACAGGUGGGUAAACCUUUUACCAUUGACCGCGCCGACGGGUGGGACUCGGUGUCCAAGACGAUGCUCAACGAGGCCCUGCGCGUGGACAAGGACGGCGCGGUCGCCGCCGUGGUGAUGCAGGAAGGGCUGGCCAACAUUUGCCUCGUCACCGAGUCCCGAACGAUCCUGCUGCAGCGCCUGGAGCGCAAGCUCGUGCUGUCCAACCUCGUGCGCGAGAUCGACUUCGAAACCCCGCGCCCUUUGCUCCUCGCCAGCCCCGGGUUCGUGGCCGCCGACUUCAAGAGCUUUAUUGGCCGGCAGGCCGUCGGCGGCGAGCGGCCCGACAAGCUGCUGCUCGGCAUCGUCAACAACGCCACGAUCCUGCACUCGCCCAGCGGCCACCUGCACAGCCUCAACGACGUGCUCAAGAGCCGCGAGGUCGCCGCCACGAUGAAGGAUAUGCGCUUCGCUCGCGAGGCCCAGUACAUUAACCAGUUUUACGAGAUGCUGCGCAAGGAGGACAGCCGCGCGUGGUACGGCCCUACCAGCGUGGAAAAGGUCGUGGCCGAGGGCGCCGUGGGCGUGGGCGGCGUCUUGCUCGUGAGUGAUUCGCUCUUUCGCAGCGAGGAUACCGACACGCGCAAGAAAUACGUGGCGCUCGUGGAAAGGGUCACGGCGGGCGGUGGCGAGGCCCGCAUCCUCAGCAGCGCGCACGAGUCGGGCCAGAGGCUGGGCAUGCUGGGCGAUAUCGCGGCGAUCCUCACGUACCCCGUGUACGAGCUCGACGAGGAAGACGAGGAUGUCGGGCAGGCUGCGGCGAAUGAAGUGGAACGGCCGUUGGAGGGUAGCAUAAUAUAA